CGUCAAUGAUCACGACACCCGCAUUUGGUGCAGCAUCUUCAUCUUCAUCAUCCGCAUCGUCCACGAACACUCAAUCGGCAUCGGGUGGCGCCGAAAGCAUGGAGGUGGACAUACAGCUUGCAACGGGUGUUGUGAUGGAUGCUGCUGCCGGUACAAGCACCGAGUGGCCCCGGUCACCCCGGGUCGAUGAGGCUAACAACACCUGGAUGAGCAAACCGCCGAUGGAAAGGUUUAUCGAUGUCCUUGACCAGCUGGACAUGAAAGUAGAAAUGCUGCGCAAGGAUGCGAUGGUGUUGCGCGACAAAAAGGACUUCCUGGCCAUGUCGGUGGAUCUGCUAAGGAACAACGAGUACCUGACCGGACUGAACGAAAACGAGCGUGAUGAGAUUAAGUGUUACGUACAGCGAAUAAGCAACCGGCUCGGUACGGUCGAACUGAACGUGUGCACCGUGCGCGACCAAGCACAAGAAGAUUCGCUGCACCAUGUCAACAGUUUGAUCGAUCUAAUCAUCGCGAGCGAAGAUCCGGUCAUGUCACGCCAAAAGUGCCAACAGUAUCUGAAUGCGUGCAGCACCACCGAUACGAGCGUGUACACCGAUUUCGAUCCGAGCACAAUCUACACGGACAAGAAGUUCGAGAGCGUCCUGCUCGGCUGCACGUUGGACGAUCAGAAAACGAUCAAGAAGCGGCUGCAGGCGCUGCUCGUGUACCUUACCCAGCAAACGAUUGUCCAUUGAGAGAAUGUGCC